UGCGCUCGCUCUGGCUCACUGGGCUCACUGGAUCGUGCGCCGAAUCAGCUGUUAUAUGAUUAAUCAGAUUAAGAUUAGUCAAUGCAAUAGCUGAAAUUAAUCGUAUAUGGCAGGAGCAACCAACAGAAGAAUUUUUGUGUGUUUUUCUUUGUCGUGCCGAUAUAAUUUACGUACUGCUUUCAAAGCGAGGACACACUCGUUUUAUCCCGAUUAUGUGUGUUAUCAAUGGGGAAACGUGUUGGCUGUGCAAUGCCGUACCUUCAUGCGUUUACCAGGUGCUGAGAAUACAAAAAAGUAUUCUGGAAGAAAGUUAGUAGGGUAUUCAAUGCAGCAGAUGUAUUCAGUGGUAUCUGAUGUUGAAAACUACAAGAACUUUGUUCCCUUUUGCAAAAAGUCAUAUGUAUUUCAUAGAAAACCUGGACAUCUGAAAGCAGAUUUAGUAAUUGGAUUUCCACCCAUAGUGGAAAGUUAUACUUCGAGUGUCACAAUGGUGAAGCCUCACCUUGUAAAAGCUGAUUGUACCGAUGGUAAAUUAUUUAAUCACUUGACUACAACAUGGAAAUUUAGUCCUGGCUUAUCAACAAAUCCCCAAUCAUGUGUAAUAGAUUUUUUUGUCUCAUUUGAAUUUCGAUCUGUCCUACACUCUCAGCUGGCACACAUAUUUUUUAACGAAGUUGUACGACAAAUGGAAAAUGCUUUCCUAGAAGAAGCAACAAAUCGGUAUGGUAAAGCAUCUGUGAAAACUAGACAACUGGGAACCUUGCCUGCAAGUUGAUCAUGACAAUUAAUAGUGUUAAAUUGUAAAUAUUUUUGUUUUUAAUAAAAAAAUACUAAUCUUAAUUCUGAAAUUGUAAUCUUUACAGAAACCUGAGAAUAGUCAUUGCAAACACCUCUACUUUUUCUAAAAACUCAUUGGCUUAUGUGGAUAAAGUGAGCAACACUUUUGAGUGUAAAAAUUUUUCACUGAGAAAGACCAGAAUUUUCCAUAUAAAUGUAAGGUAGUUUGUCCUUGGCCUUUAUGUUCUCAAAGAAAAUUAUCAUUUUUAUGACAUCAGUGUGUGUUGGAUGGCACAUAAUGAAACUCUGAUUUCAAGCUGUUAAAAGGAAUUAAGGCCUGUUCGUGAAGUUUCAUUAUCAGGUUACAAUUUUUAAAUGCAUUGAGGUCUUAAACAAAAUGCAAUAUAUCCAAGAAAACAUUUCUUUGAAUCAAUGUGAAAAAGUAUUGUCUUUUAGAUUUUCUUUUUUUUUUUGUAAAUU